UCAUUGCAAUUGCACAUUCUUCAGACUUAUUGAGAGCACUCUCUAACUAUCUGAUCUCUCUCUUUUUUCUCGUUUUCUGGGUGUGUGUGCGUAGAUUGCAUCACACAAUGGCAUUAUCGUCUUUUUACGUUGUGCUUCUCUUGGUGAUGAUAAGCAGCAGUGAUUAUAUUGCUUCUUUGGUUUAUGCUACUACUCCUGAUGGAUUUUUCCCAAAUGGAAACUUUGAACAAGGACCAAAGCCAUCAAACAUGCAGAAGACAGUAAUCAUUGGUAAAAAUUCCCUCCCUAUGUGGGAAAUCAAUGGCUUAGUAGAGUUCAUAUCAGGUGGGCCCCAACCAGGUGGAUUCUACUUCAAUGUUCCACGUGAUGUGCACGCGAUAAGAUUAGGAAAUGAGGCAUCUAUCUCCCAAGAAUUGAAACUAAACAAAGAUUCAUUCUACUCAAUUACUUUCAGCACAACAAGAACUUGUGCACAAGAAGAGGUUAUAAGGGUGGCAGCUUCUGGAGAGUCAGUAGAUCUUCCUAUUCAAACAUUAUAUAAUAGUGAUGGAGGUGACACUUAUGCUUGGGGUUUUAAGGCAACUUCUACUAAUGUUAAGAUCACUUUCAAGAACCCUGGUGUAGAGGAGGAUCCAACAUGUGGCCCACUUUUGGAUGCUAUUGCAAUCAAGGAGAUAAAAUUGCCACACUACAGCCAAGGUAGUUUCUUGCUAAAACCACAUUUUAAGGGUAACAUAGUUAAAAAUGGAGAUUUUGAAAUCGGUCCAUAUGUAUUUGAGAAAUACUCUACUGGGGUUCUCCUAUCUCCACACCCCCAUCACUUUGUCUCUCCAAUCCCUGGUUGGAUCAUUGAAUCACUAAAACCAGUCAAGUACAUCGAUUCGAAACACUACGAUGUGCCCAAAGGAUCAUCAGCUGUUGAAUUGGUUGGAGGAAGAGAAAGUGCUAUUGCUCAAAUCAUAUAUACCAAAGUUAACCAAUUCUACUUACUAACUUUUAAAGUUGGGGAUGCCAAAAAUGGAUGUCAUGGUUCAAUGGUAGUAGAAGCAUUUGCUGCCAAGGAAACUGUUAAAGUUCAUUUCAAUUCUGAAGCAAAAGGUGGAUUUACAACUGCAAGUCUUAAGUUUCAAGCAAUCUCAACUAGAACUAGGUUGACAUUUUGGAGUGCUUUUUAUCAUACUAGACUUGAUGAUUUCAGCUAUAUGUGUGGUCCUGUUUUAGAUGAUGUUAAGGUUAUAAGCGUUUAGUAAUUAUGAGUUGACAAAUUGAGUGUCAUGUAAUGCAAUUAUAUUUAAGGUUUAUUUACUAUAAUAAUAAUAUAAUUUUGUAAGAGGCUUAAUAAA